UGGAUGGAUUGUACAUUCAGCAAACUUACAACAUCCCUUACAAAGCUUAUAGCUGAAUGUCUUUAGCUUGGGGGAACAUUUACUCAUGAAAUAUCUAAACACAAAGCUUUAUUUGAUUGGCAUUGUGUGGACCUAACAUGUAGCUGGGCACCACACAGUUCCACAGGCUGAGUUAGCUCUAUGAAUUAUCAGAUACAGAAGGCCUUUCAAUGUUCAUUUUCAAAUGUUAUUUUGUUGCAUGUGUAUAACAUCAGGUCAGUUUGUCUUGAUGAGCAGCACGUAUCGUCUAUCUUUAAUCUCCUCAGGCUUUAUGGUUUAAAGAUUAAUCAAACAUCUCUCUACGAGCACGCAGUCACGAGCCUUUUUUCCUUUGAGAUGUUUGAGUAGAUAUGUAGCGUCUUCAGUCUUGUACCCUCUGCUCAGCUCAGUCAGCUGGCAGCAGUGAGAUGUGACCCUGCAGACACAAACAUGCACUGGACUGUGCAGGUCACCGUGGCUCUCCUGAACGUCGUAUGGAUCGUCUUCUUUUGGACGUUGGAUCCUUUCCAGGUGCCCGUGCAGAGAAGAAGUGCUGAGGAGAAGGAGGAGGUGACUGCAGAGUUUUGUAUUCAGCUUCCACAGCUCAAUAUCUCCUUCAUUGAGACCGACUCAUCUGCGGAAACCAGGACUUAUAACCCGACCUCUUCAGUUCCAGGAAAUGAGCAGAUCAGGAUGGAUGGGGAUGAGACGGCCAGUCCUCCUCCUUCACUGGACCUGACUUCCACAGAGGCCACAUCCGCAGAAAGCUCAAAAAGUGUUCCUCUCAGAGUGGCUGAUGAAUCCACUGAAGAAGUAGACAGUCCUCCACUGCAUCCUCUUGACUUGUGGUCCCCACCGUAUUUCAGCACACCUGAAGUACCACCUGACUGCUGCUUGAAAGUCACCCAUCAAGUUCCACCUCAGUUUUUCCAACAGGACCUACCUUACCAGAGACAGUCUCCACCUGAGUGUCCAAUUGAAGCUGUGUUAAUAACAACAUCAUCAGGAGAGAGAUAUUGCUUGCAUCCAGACGUUACACGGAGGCGCCAUGAUGGGAAAGCUACACAGAGGCACCAUGAUGGGACCAAAUACAAUCCAUUUUGAAGAAUCCUACGACAGCAUUUCCAAUGGUUAAGCAGUCGUACCUUCGUGUGAUGAAGCGUCUCCGUGACCGACAUUGUGGCUUUGCUAUAUGAGCUUGAUCAGAUGGUGUCAGAUGAGGCAAAGAGAUAUGUAUCCAUAUUAAUCCAUGGCAUCAGAUUAACAAGUCAAGGUGCAGCUUUGUUGAAUGAAGACAUUUACGUAUGUCUAAUAUCUUUGUUCUCUGUUUGCUCAGAAUAAUUAUGAUGAACACACAGUGGGUCAGUUUUAAUUUGCUCACACAAGUUAUUAUCUUUUGGAAACAACUUGUUAUCUUGUGCAUGUUUAUAAGUUGUGCACUUUGUCAUGUGUGAUGAUCCAGGCAUAAACAUUCGGCCUUUUAAUCUGAGCAAUCGUAGCUUGGUGUGAAAGCUUCUCUGCAACCUGUUCUGUGACUCACGUUUGCAUUCAACUUUUUCCAUGCACGAUUUUUAGUGGAUCUGUUUUUUGUUCUUUUAAAUAUGAAGAAACCAACAUCAUCACAGCUUCAGAUGCCAAAUGCACGAACAGGUUGCAAAAAUAUCUAAGACCUGUGCAAACGAAGGCUUGUAAUAUUACUUUUCUAGCUUUAAGGCACAAGUAGCUCUGACUUAAAAUAAUAAAUAAAAUUGA